CCCAGCCCCAACACACUCCACUUCCGCCUUUUAAAGAUCAAAUCUCUAUCCACAGCAAAAAGCUUUCUUACAAAAAAAAAAAGGUGUCAAAACUUAUUUCAAUAUCUCUCAAGGAUCCCUUCGAUUUACUCUGCCCCAUAACUCGCACGCCGGAUCCCACCGGCCCCCUUUACCGCCUCUCCGUUGCUGCGAGUCAAUUUCAUAUCUUUGGACAGCAUUCUCAAGAAGGCGGAAAAAAAGUAUUUAUUUGGAUGGAAGUGGAGAUUCAUAUACUUGAGCAGGAAGCUUACUGUGCUGUGUUAAGAGCUUUUAAAGCUCAGUCUGAUGCAAUCUCUUGGGAAAAAGAAAGCAUGAUAACUGAGCUGCGUAAAGAACUGAGAGUAUCUGAUGAUGAACACCGUGAACUGUUGACCAGUGUCCAUAACGACGACAUUAUCAAAAGGAUAAGGGAGUGGAGACAGGGAGGUGGAAACCAAGUUGUUAGGCAUGUAAAUAACCAGUCUCUCGAUGUUCUUCCUAGUCCGGCUUACUCAGCUUCUCGGAAGAAGCAGAAGACAUUUCAAUCGUAUCCAUCGAUGGGUUCUACUAGAAGUAGGUCAUUCAAUAACCAUCUAGUGUCUGGCGCCGUGUCAGCUAAUGAGCCUGCGGAAGCUCUUAUUGGAAGAAAAGUGUGGACGAAAUGGCCUGAAGACAACAGCUUUUACGAAGCAGUAAUUACACAGUACAAUGCAGUUGAGGGUCUCCAUGCGUUGGUAUAUGACUUAAACACAGCGAAUGAAACAUGGGAAUGGGUUGAUCUUAAGGAGAUUCCACCGCAAGAUAUAAGAUGGGGUGGAGAGGAGAAUGGGGCAGCUUUAAAUGCAGGACAUGGGAGUCGAAGAACCUUAAGCAAUGGUGGUCUAGGGAGAGUUCCAUUGACUCAGCCAAGAAGAGACCAUCUUGUAGCACAAAACGGUGGUGGGAGGAAGCUUUUCGAUGAGAUCGAAUUGUUCAACACAGACUCACUUGUGAAAGAGGUGGAGAGAGUUUUUGAUUCCAACCUUCCUGACCCGCACGAGCUGGAUAAGGCUAAGAAGCUACUCAAGGAACAUGAACAAGCGCUUGUUUCUGCCAUUGCAAGGCUUGCGGAUGCUUCUGAUUUCGAAAGCGAUGGAGAAGAGGCGUAUAUGCAUGAGCUUCCAAUGCACGAGGGAUAACAGUGGAUAAAGAAAAGAGAUUCGCCCAUCAAACUAAGCGCACUCUUCUUAUCCUUGGACAUGUAAACAAACCGGAGAAGUUUCUGCGAAGAUGAAAACAUUAUGUAUUGAUUUCAAAAUGUAUUAAAAUAAUCCUUAGGAAUUUUGUUUGUAAAACACAUUAAUUCUUUUUCAAAUUUAUUAAUUAUUGAUGUGACCAUCAGGUCUCUA